AAAAUAUUUUGGUUUCGACGUAAAAAAGAAUAAUAUUGUAGAUAGAAAACAUUUUGAAAAGUUUUUAAUUAUGAAUAUAUUUAAUUAAAUCCAUAAUUUAUAUAUUUUAAAUGGGCCCAUUUUGACUUUAAGAAAAUAUAAGGCCCAAAUAGAAAGCCUAUAGCUCAAAGCAAGCCUGCUUUUAGACCGCUUUCCAGAUCUAGAAGAAACAAUGCAAUCUUCUCCGAUCUUAUUAGACUUCUCUUCCGCCUUUCACCACCCACGCGCCGCCGCGUUAGCCACCACUUCCGGCCUAACGAAUUCACACUCUCCGACUAAAAAAUAUCGCCUGAUAACCUCUUUUUCGCCUUCCUCGACACUGCUAGCUUCUUCUCGUAGAUGUUUCACCUGCCGAUUUGGCGACAGUUCUCCGCGAUUCAAUUCGAACGAGGAUGAAACUGAAACUGAAACUGAUGAUGAAGAUGAUUAUUGUUUGACAGAUGGGAAAACAGAGGAAUUGGUAGUAGGAGACGAUGGUGUUCUUAUAGAGUUGAAGAAGCUCGAGAAGAGCUCGCGUCGAAUUCGUUCGAAGAUUGGAAUGGAAGCGAGUCUCGAUUCCGUUUGGAGCGUAUUGACUGAUUACGAGAAGCUAUCUGAUUUCAUUCCAGGUCUUGUUGUUAGCGAAUUGGUUGAGAAAGAAGGCAAUCGUGUUCGUCUUUUCCAGAUGGGACAGCAGAACUUAGCAUUGGGACUUAAGUUCAAUGCCAAAGCUGUUCUAGAUUGUUACGAGAAAGAGCUUGAGGUUCUGCCACAUGGGAGGAGACGUGAGAUUGAUUUUAAGAUGGUUGAAGGAGAUUUUCAGUUGUUUGAAGGCAAAUGGUCCAUCGAACAACUCGACAAAGGGAUUCAUGGGGAGGCUUUGGAUUUACAGUUUAAAGAUUUUCGGACGACGCUUGCAUACACGGUGGAUGUAAAACCGAAGAUGUGGUUACCGGUGCGGCUAGUCGAAGGAAGAUUGUGCAAAGAGAUAAGAACUAAUCUGAUGAGUAUCCGAGAUGCAGCACAGAAAGUUAUUGAAGGUGUUAUUCAUGAUCUUUGAGUUUUUUUUCUUUAAGCCAAGCUGAGGUAGUGUUAAUAUAGAUACAAGAUAAGCCUAUAUAGUUUUUUUUUUGUGUAUUUGAAAAGCUUAUGUAAUUGGUUCUACAUACACGUUGUUAUCAAUUGUAUAUUCUGAAUCUUUAGGCUUUGAAUAUACCAAGUUUUGUUAGUUACUAUGUGAUUGUUCCGACCUAGUAUCAGG